UGUCUAAUCUCAUAGCUCAAAUAGUUACUUAUGUCAUAAUACAAGUAUGAUUAGACUAUAAAUCUUGGAUAAUUUGGGUUGACUGAUACUUAAUUUCCUCCAAUCAUAUACAACUUACCUCUUUAUAAUAUUCUCAGUUUUCUUCUUUCUUCCUCUUGAAGCAUGAAAACCAUAUAGUAAAUUUUAUAUAUAGGUACUUACUAAUAUUAUUGGAAGAUAAACACAUUGCUGUCAUUCUGCAACAUCUUUGUUUUGUCAGCUGAAAAUGGGCAUCACAGGAGAGCUAGUGAGGAGUGUCUUCUCCAAGAGCAGAUCUUUUAAGACUCAUGAAACCAAUGUAAUAAGAAACAAUGCUGUGGAAAAGAAAAGAUGGAAAACAUCAGUAAAGUCAUACCUGUGUGGGGAUGAAUUAUUUGACUCGGUUCUAGCAGAGGAAGAUUCAGCUUCUGUCAAGAGUUCAGAAGCUACUGUUACACAGACAUUUCCUGAAGAUGGUCAAUCAACUGACUACACCCAAAGCCAUGACACCACCAAAUAUGACCAUAGUGACCAAGAUCACAACAGUCUCAGCUCCAAAUCACUUGAUGAAGAUGCUGCUGCAGCCAUCAUACAGUCGGCAUAUCGAGGCUUUAAGGUUAGGUGUCUACGGAGAGACACUACAGGUAUUCAGAAUGACUUUGGGGAGGGAAUGAACAGUCCAAGCUGGGAAUCUUUGGCCACAUCCAUUGAAGUUCAAACCGGAAAUUCGACUGAGGUUGUUUCGGUUCAGGAACAAGAUUCUUCUGUUUCUAUCAAACUUCAGCAUAAAUCCAAGCCUGCAGCUUUUAAACCAAAGGAAGAUUGGGAUGAUAGCACACUAAAUAGCUCCAUAUCAAAAAUGAGAAUUCAGAACAGAUUAGAAGCAAUGACACGGCGAGAGAGAGCAAUGGCGUAUGCCUUCUCCCAACAGUUAAGAAUAUGCUCAAAGAAGAAGCAAGCAAAAUCUGAUGGUACAGAACCAAACAUGGGCUGGAGCUGGCUUGAGCGAUGGAUGGCCACUCGCCACGUAGAAGUUUCUCCUGUAGAAGACCGCGCCAGCAAGCAGCUGAUCAGCAAUGAAGCUGCAAGCACUGCAAAAAUACGACCUUUUUCGAAAAAGAAGUUUCUAGACCUGUCAUUUGAAGAAAAAGAGAGUUGUGGUUCUAACGAGGUACCGGUCCAAGUUGACAGUUCAGCAACUCCAGAGAGAGAUGAUAAAGAUGGCUGUGACUCACCUAGAAACAGACUCAAAGCUCCAAGAAGUAUUUCCAGAAGAAAAACUGUGCCAACAUACUACUGUCAGAAAGAGCAUUUCAAGGCGAGCAAAAAAGAUAGAAGACAGAAGGCCAAUCAAUCAGGAAGCAACAGUCUAUGCAAAGAUGAUGCAUCAUGGUUGCCAUCUGAUCAUUCUGUAUGUGGUCAGAACUCCAAAUCUGAUCCUUGAAAAAAAUGUGCCAAAAGCAUCUGUUGGUGCAUGUUUUAUAUCAGAAUGCAUGUGUUUCAAAAUGCUGUGAGUCUGUAACUAUAGAUUAAGUCCUUAUGUAAAUAGUACAUUGGGAGUAUGGUACUCUUCUUGCUACAUGAAUAAGAAAAAUCAUCCGGGUUCGUUUUCGUGAUGCUUGAA